AACAAGGACUCUCGAAAAGCUCGAUGAUUUUAGCAAGCAAUACGUAACUCCUACAUCGUCUGAUAUGCCUCUCGUUUCGUCACUUCCUAACCCAGCGUCGCUCCCGCAAUGCCCUCUAGUCGCCAUUACUGGCUGCUGCUCCUAGCCGCCUUAGCAGCGCUCGCCUGCUGCUGGUGGGUAAUUCUCUUUCCCCUCGCGCUCUCCGCUCCGAUCGAAUCAGGUCAGGCCCACGCUGUGUUACAGGACUCGCGAUACGCUAACGAAUUGUCGCGAACCUCGCUGUAUUCGCACAGUUCGUUACAGCCGAAAGGACGACAGGAGGAGGAGGGAGGGGAGGAGGUGGGAGGGGGGAAGGAGGGGGGGAUUUUGCGGAGAUCUGACGGCGGAGGAGGAAGGAUCGAGGGUCCACGUCAGCAGCACUGCAUCGUCAUCGACGUGGGAAGCACGGGCACGCGUUUGUACGUGUACGAGUGGACAGAAGACGGAGGAACCCCAUGGAGAGACGAAUCGAGAGACCACAGCAUUCAGAGCGCCAGGCUCGCGGAAUUCGGCAAAUAUGGGGAGAAAUUCAAUGGCAGCGGAAACGCAGGGAACUCAGGGAUGGGCCUCAUGACUCUUCCCGUCAUUCGGCAGCACGAGCAGAAGGUUCAGCAAGAACCGUUCAGAUUUGAUGUUCGGCAAAAUCAACAGCAGCAGCAGCAGAAGCAGGGCCGACGAAUAGGAGAUUUCCAAACACAGCAGCAGCAGCAGCAGCAGCAGCAGCAGCAGCAGCAGCAGCAGAAGCGGGCGUACAACCGCAAGGAAACCGAACCGGGGCUUGACAAGUUCCUAAACGACCCCCGCGGCCUGCGCGAACGCGCCCUCGCCCCGCUCCUCGACUGGGCGCUGCAAGCCAUCCUGGACCCCGCCGCCCGUGCCGCCACCCCGGUCUUUCUCUUCGCUACAGCCGGAUUGAGGAAGCUUCCGGCGAGUGAGUCUCGGUGGGUGUUGGAGGAGGUCAGGGAUGUGUUGGAGGGGUCGGGGUUUGCGUUUAAGAGAGAGUGGGCGAGGAUUAUCUCGGGUGUGGAUGAGGCGGUUUAUGGGUGGAUUGCGCUUAAUUAUGUGGAGGGACGGUUUGGAGGAGUGGAGAGGGGUGAGAGGAGAGGGGAGAGGGGAGGGGAGGAAAGGGAGGGUUUGGAGACUGGCUCGGAGUCAAGUCGAAAAGAAGGGGAGGGUGGAGGGGAAGGGGAAGAGGGGGAGGGGAGGAGGCGGGGAGUGGGGGAGUCUCUGAGAAGUGCUGCAGGGGGGAAGGGGAGGGUGCAGGAGCAGGGUGAGGGAGAGGGCGAGGGAGAGGGAGAGAGAGAGGGAGAGAGUGAGGGAGAGAGUGAGGGAGAGGGAGAGGGAGAGAGAGAGGGAGGGAAGCAGGACGAGAGAGCAGGACAGGGAGACGUGGAAGGGAUGGAUUCGCAUCUCCAGGAGGGCGCAGGGAACGCGGAGAGGAAGCUGCUGCAGCAGGCACGGCGGGAAGGGGAGCAGCAAGCGGAGCAGGCGGAGAGGGAGGUAAAGGGGCUGGAGGGUUUGCUCGAGGUGAGAAUAGGGGUGCCUGCCGAGGGAACGGGGAAGGCGGAGGAGGGGGAGAGAGAGCAGGGGAAAGGGCUGGGGGGUUUGCAAGGAGUCGGAAAGGGAUUGCUUGUCGAGGGAGAGAGGAAGGCGGAGGAGGAGAGAGAGGAAGGGAAAGAGGUGCAGGGACGGUUGACAGGACAGGAGGGGGAGCAGGAGAGGGGCAGCGGAGCGGUGGGGGAAGUUGAGAGAGAGGCAGAGAGUGAGGGAGAAGAGGAGGAAGCGGCAAGGCGGCGGAGGGAGGAGGAGGAAGAGGAGGAGAGAAGGAAGGGAAAGGUUGGGAGUGCUGAGGGGAAAGUGGGGUUAGCAAAGGUGGUGGAUAAUGCAGCAGGCGAAGAGGAGAGAAGGGGAUUGAGAGUGGAAGGAUGGGAAAAGGGUGAAGGGCAGGGGGAUGCGGUGGGGAGAAGAAGAGCGCAGGAAGGAAUGGAGGUGGGCGAGGACGGGGAAGGCCCGGAUGAGGAAAGGGAGAGGGAGAGGGAGGAGGAGAGGGAGGAGGAGAGGGAGGAGGAGAGGGAUGAGGAGAGGGAGGAGGAGAGGGACACGGAUAGGGUAAAGGAGAGGGAGGUUACGGGAGACGAGAUCUUAAAAAAAGAAUCGGUUGAGAGGGAUGGAGAGGGAAGGACGAGGGAACAGGUUGAAGGAGCAGGAUGGAGAGGGACAGAAAAGGCUGCAGUAGAGGGAGCAACGGAGACAGCAGAUCAGAGAGCCUCCAUAAGAGUAGCAGGGGGAGCAGGGGGAGCAGGGGGAGCAGGAGGAGAGGAGGGAAAUGACUUUUCAGACGAUACGGGGGAGGAGACGAUAGGGACUCUGGACCUAGGCGGAUCCAGCCUGGAAGUCACCUUCAUGCCACGUGCCACACCCCCAUUGGCCGCCACUUCGACCCCAGCACGGUACAUAGCCAACGUGUCACUGGGUGGGCGGCAGUUCAGCCUGUACGCUCACUCCCACGAGGGCUUUGGCAUGAACGACGCCUUUGAUCGAUCUGUGCUUUGGCUGAUUGAGAAGCAGAGAGAGGAGGGGAGAGGGGAGCAGGCGGAAGGAGCGAGAGAGGUGGUGAGAGGGGAGGUGGAGAGAGGCGGAGAAGGGGGAGAGGAGCAGAGCAGGGCGGAGGAGGUGGGGGGUGUGGGGGAGAGAGGAACAGAGAGGUUAUUGGUUGGGACUGGGAUGGAAGCGGCUAACGGUGGGAUGACACGUGUCGCCCAUCCGUGCCUCCAUGCAGGAUACAGCACAAUCCACACCGCGAGGAGAAAACUGGCUGCUGCUGACGUGGAAGCGGCAGCAGUGGCUGGGGCAGCAGUGGCUGGGGCAGCAGGGGAAAAUCCCACCAAUCGGACCAUCUCGGGCAGACAAGAAACCACGGUUGAAAAGGUCAAGGUGGAGGUCUUCGGGCAGCCCAACUGGAAAAAAUGCAUGGCGCUCUCCCGCGAUGUGGUGGCAUCAGGGGUGAAAGGCGUGAGGGGAACAGGAGCAGCAACAGCAGCAGCAGCGGCAGCAACCACUGCAGUGUGUGGUACGGCAAGGGAAGGAGCGGACCCCCCUCCCUGUGCGUUGGGCGUCCACCAGCCGCCAUUCAAGGGGCCAUUCUCUGCUCUGGCAGGAUUCUAUGUCGUGUCCCUCUUCUUUGGCGUUUUCCAACUGCAGCCGCUGCAGCAACAGCAACAGCAGCAGCAACUGCCAACAGAAUCCCAGCAGCAGCAGCAGGGACAGCAGCAGGAGCAGGAAUCUGAUCUUCCAAAACCCCAGACAACCUCACAGGGGCUCGGGCAGACCUUAAGGGGUUCUAUGGGCAGGCAAAGAGGUGCCGCAGGGCAGGCCGGGCAGCUGGAUUUUUUCGCCGACGGGCAGAUGGCCGCGCCCAUUUCCCCUGGCAACACGUCAGCUGCCCUGGAUGCAAUUUUGGCCCGCGGGCAGGCGUACUGUUUCAGGCCGUGGCUGGAAGUCGAGGCAAAGUGGGGCGGGAUAAAAGGUUUCGAGCAGAACUGUUUCCGGGCAGCUUAUGUGGUUACUCUGUUGAGGGAAGGGCUGGGGAUAAAGGACUCGCAGGUGGAUCUAGGGGGGGCUUCAUCUGGGCAGGUGUCUUGGACUCUUGGCGCGGCUUUGUAUGAAGGGGCUCCUGCUGUUGCUGCACUUGCUUCCUCCUCUGCUGCUGCUGCUGCUGCUGGUGGUGGUCGUGGUGCCAAUAACAGCUCUGGAGACGUGGUUUGGAAGCUUGGGGAUGUAGGCUCGGAGCAGGUUGCAGAAGAGGGGCUCGGUGGUGUGGAUAUGGAGCGACGUGAAGGUGAAGCAACGAGCGCAAGCAGUGAAAUCAACAGCGGUGGCAGCAGCAGCAGCAGCAGCAGCAGCAGCAGCAGCAGCAGCAGCAGCAGCAGCAGCAGCAGCAGCAUUAGGAGGAGUUGGUGGUGGUGGAGUGGCGAGGAACACGAUGAAACAGCCUGGGGUAAAAGGCAUGCCAAUCGCCGUUUCCUCGGGACCUUCCCUGCAGCUUCCUCCACCUCCACUGCCCUCCCAGCAGCAGCGAAGGAGCGGGCAGCAGAGACGCGGGCAGCAGAGGAGAGGGCAGCAGCAGCGGUGGCAGGAGCGAGUGUGAGUGGUGCACAACAGGCCAGUGACAGUAGCACGAGCCUUGUCCUCCUCUUUUUCGCUGUCUUCUCUGUUGCUCUGGCACUCACUGCAGCGCACAGGAGAGGGAGGCGAAGCAGGCACGCAGCAGGAAUGGGCAUGGGAGUGGUUGCAGGGGUUGCCUUGAGGUGGUUGCAUCAGGCACGCAGGCUGCUGCCUUGGACUCCCUCUGCUCAGAGAAGACCCUCUGCCUCUUGGCAGUCGCCCUCCAAGCCUCGCUCUGGCCGGUCCUGUGGCAGUCGCCAUCCAAGCCUCAUUCUGGCGCGUGGUCCCUGACCCUUCCACGUACCUCCCGCUUCUUCCUCUUCUCCCCCUUCGCCCAUCGCUCCCGCGCCUCUCACCCUCCUCCGCUCCUUCCCACUUCCUUUACGAUGGGCGACAUAACCCUUGGGGUCAACAGCAGCAGCAGCAGCAGCAGCAGCAUUAGCAGCAGUAGAGGCAGCACCAGCAGCACUAGAGGCAUUAGCAGCAGCGACAGUAUUGGCAUCGGCGGGAGCAGCAGCAGUAGAGAGCGGCUGGUGCAGGGGGGCUCUACUCCCAAGCGGCCUGCCUCGUCGGUGCAGCGAAUGCGGCCCGCCAGAAAGAGCUCGUCCUUUGUUGACCUGUCCAAAACGUGAUGGCAGUUGGGGAUGCUGGUACAGCAGCAGCAGCAGUAGCAGUAGCAGCAACAGCAACAAGAGCAGCAGCAACGACUGAUGGAGCAACAAGAGCGUGGUAGUUGGAGAUGCCGGUACAGCAGCAGCAGCAGCAGCAGGAGAGAGGGGCUGGUGCAGGGGGGCUCUACUCCCAAGGGCUCAGCUUCGUCUGUGCUGCGAAUGCAGCCCAACAGAAGGAGCUUGUCUUUUGUCGAGGUUAUGGGCAUGGUCCACACCACAACUCUCAUUGCACUCAAAUUCCAAUGUGUUUGUGUCAUAUGUUGUAUUUUAAUGUAAAACCAGCA